AUGUCUUCCGUUAUCAGACCAUUCGUGUUUUUAUUUUCAAUUCAUGUUGUCUUCGGCCAAGUUACCGGGCAAAGUCCAAUAAACCCAAUUAAUUUGGUAAACGGCCUUGGAUAUGGUCUAUCAAACGGUUUGGGUCACGGAUACACUAACGCUCUUUCUGGUGGGGGCCUUAAUGGUGGACUAGGGGGAUCCGGAAUAAUUGGAUCCGGUAUUGGCGGUGCAAAUCUAGCAGGCGGAAUCGCCGGACCCGGUUUUACAGGUAUACCACCGGGCUUCAUCAAUCAAAACCUUCAAGGAUAUCCGGCGCAGGCUAUCAGUGGCCUCUACGGCGGAGUAGGAAACGGGGACUUGAAGGUAGCCGGGGAAUUACCUGUAGCAGGAUCGACAGCUGUCACGGGUCAAGUUCCAGUGGUCGGCAGCGUGCAAUUUGGUGGUGAUAUAAAAGCUGGUGGAGUAGUCACCAUCAGUGGCACUUGUGGUUGUGGAUAUUAA